AUGUCUUGGAACGGAACGAAUGGGUCUGUGGCCGGGAGCGGGGUAUCGGGGACGAGGAGUAGAGUGCGCGCAUCCGCACGCUCGGUAUUUAUUGACGAUGCGGAAGAGGUCAACGAUUUGAAGAAGAGAACUCGGCGAAGCGCACAGGUGGUAGAAUCCACGGCGGACACAUUAGAGUUCGAAAGAGCAGCGUUGUUGGCGAAUAAACAGGUAGAGUUGGAACAAGUAGUCGACCGACACGAUGACUUGGUCAGGGAGCUCUUCCACAUGGAGAACUUCACCAUGAUGCUCUCAUACGAUCCUGCAGAAGCCAAAAAAGAUCGCACUGUUGUGUUUAGAGAGUACAAGUCGAAGUACGAUCUUAUUGAUAAUGUCACCCCAUCUGCUGGACCUUCACGGCAAACUCGCGGAAGACAUAAUGAACGGCGUCAAAUACUUUCCAACCCAUCAAUAUCAUCCUCUCUGUCGCAACCUCAGCCAUCCAGACGCAAAGGAAAAUCAAAGAUGAACUCAUCAGAGAUAAUGGAAACGUUGCACAAUGCAGCUACAAAAGGAAAAGGAAAGAGGAAAGAACAAGAACAAGAACCGACAAAGGAAUCCAUAUCCUCAGCGCCACGAAUUAUUACGCGUUAUCCUCCUGAACCAAUUUCUGCACCCAUCUCCGUCUCCGUCUUACCCAUUGUUCAUGAUCUUGGUUCAGCUUCCAUUCCUUCACCGCCUGCGGAGAACCUCGCUCCUUCGACCUCCAAAUUUGCAACACCAUCCCAUGAAGCUCUUGGUGAACAACCAGCAAUCGUUGCAGAUACUACCUCUACCGUGCCCGAGGAUUCAGUGGUUGUUGUUAACCGCAAAUCGGAGCAACAUGUUACAGUACCCAAUUCCAAAACGAUAUCAAAUGUAGUUCCGAUACCAGCAACGUCUGCGCCUUCUCCGCCUUCCCCGACUGUGAUCAACCAGCCAGCAGCGGACGUGGUCGCAGUCUCUGCCCCCGUAGACCUGCCCGAAUUUGUUGUACGCCGGAAAUCGGCACGAAAUGUGAAAGAACCCGAUACGGUAUCAAUACCAAUAAAAUCCAAUAAUGCUUCACCUAUCGUUGCUGCAGCGCCAUUCGUGGAUUUAACAACCCUUGGAAAACCUCAUAGUGUCACAGGGAAGAAAAGGCGGCACUCCGACCACGAGAAGCAGGCGGUCUCCCUGGAUGUCAUGAACAAUGCAGGGAAAACGUCUUCGAAUGCACAUACGAAUGAUAUGGCACCUUGCUUCACAGAGACACCGGAGGAAUCGAUAUCAACAAAUCUCAAAAGGCGCAGUGAAAGGUUUAACAUCCCUACUCCUGGAAGUGUCCAGCCAAAAGCACCCAAAAUCAAGCUCAAACCACCUGUUGCAGACGAGGACCGAGCUCCUUUACGUGAACCUCUUGCAAUCCAAUCAAAUGUAGUCCUUCCUUCUCCUUCCAAAAUCAAGCGGAUCAAAUUAAUUGUCCGCCGACCUCCUCCAUUGAUCUCAAGUCCUCGUCAAUUUCCUCCUGAACCGAAAUUCAAUUCAUCUUUGCCUUCUUUUCUAUCUUCCUAUAUCAAUAUCGAUGAAGAAGACAUGACAAUGUCCGCUCUGGAGGAAGAGGCCAAAUCGGAGGCCUCCAUCAGAGAACAAGUUGUGCGCUUCAAUAGGGAGGGAAGGUUUAUCCCGGGAACUGAUGUUCUCUUUGGCACUGAACCUCCGACUGUCGAGCACACCAGUCCACAGCGAUCAACUACGGACACAUGGGAUCACAUUGUGGAAGCGGUUAUAGCUAGGGGCAAGGCCAAACCUAAAAAAUCCAUUGGUUUACAGAUAACGUCGCAAAUUUCAUCGAAACUACAGGCACACUUCGAUGGAUUAGAGUCAAGGAAAGCUAAAGCCAAAGAGGCAGAGGAGAAACGGUUACGGAAACUUGCCAAAUCCACCAUGAUGAUAGUCAUUGGAGAAUGGAAGAAAGCUGUUUAUCAUCUAAGAGAGCAACAGAGACUGGAGGAAGAAGCAGAGGAGCGCCGGCUUGGGCGUGAACAUCUCGAUGCCAUUUUGGAUCAAUCAGGUCAACUUCUUGAAACUCAACAGGGGGAUUUAUUGCGCGGCGACAUGUAUGGCUCUCGUAGUAGCUCUGGGAGUAUGCACGAUUUCGACACAGAUGAGGAUGACGACGAAGCAGAUGAAAAUGAUGGUGAGGGUGAUGAUGGUGACGACGAAGAUGACGAUGAGGAGGAGGACAACGACGAUGAAAAUGAUGACGCUGGCACCCAAAGUCUGCUAGGCGAGAGUUCUGUCAAUGAAAUGGGUGUAGACAACUUAGACCCCCUACUAUCUACACCACGGUCUCUUGCGUCGCGUGCCACUACCGAAGCAUUCGAUUCUGAACAUACCGAACUGGAUGACCCAGAAGUGUCCACAGCGCAGCUUCUAAAUAGCGGUUUGGACCAGCGAGAUGAUGAUAUGGAUUCUAACAACUCCUUUGAUCGGACUCUGGAAAACCUGGCGAUACCGGAACCUGAAUCAUCUCCUCAACGACCACUUAAAGUUUCUGUUCUACAUCCAUCCGACCUUCUUAAAGCAGGUAGCAGCGAUAUUCCAAUGCAAGGCUCGGAACCAUUACCUGAAUCAGUAUCGCAUAAUACGCUGGGUCUAGACUAUGUAUCACAAUCCGAAUCAGACAUUGGACCUGAGAACAACGAAGAUGUUGAACCCAACGACUCGACAACUCGCUCAGGACCACCCCAAGCGGCCUCUGCGUCUCCCAAAACCAAUGUUCUUAACACUGACAGGGACGUUCCACCUGUCCUGUCUGACAAUGCAGAGGAUUCUGAAAUGGUUGAUCUCCCAAGUGCUGAUAACGAGAUUGUGGAUGAGCCUGAAGCGAUCAACGUCUCUAAAAAGCCAAAUACGCCUGAAAAGGAUCUCCCAGAGUUUGAUGGUGAUCUGGAGGCACACAUUCCAGAAUACCUCAAACCGUAUGCUGUUGCUCCUGUGGACUGGGACCCGGAGGCCAAAAUUACUCCUCCUCUUUUACUUCGUGGAGUUUUGCGACCGUAUCAGCAAUCAGGGUUGGAAUGGUUAGCAAGUCUUCAUCUCAAUAGGUUGAACGGAAUUUUGGCAGACGAAAUGGGUUUGGGAAAAACUAUUCAGACUAUUGCGUUACUUGCCCAUUUGGCUUGCGACCGUGGCAUUUGGGGCCCACAUCUGAUUGUUGUACCCACCAGCGUUUUGCUAAACUGGGAAAUGGAAUUCAAAAAGUUUUUGCCUGGCUUCAGGGUUCUCAGCUACCACGGCAGCACGAAGCGACGCAAGGAACUCCGUCAAGGGUGGAAUGAUAAGCAUCAUUUCAACGUCUGCAUAACAUCGUACACUUUGGCAAGCAGAGAUGCACACAUCUUCAAACGAAAGCCGUGGUAUUAUAUGAUCCUUGACGAGGCACAUAUGAUCAAAAAUUUCAAAUCUCAACGGUGGAACAUUCUUCUCAUGUUCAGAUCAUUCCGAAGGCUCCUGUUAACGGGAACACCCCUUCAAAACAAUCUUACUGAACUUUGGGCUCUCCUUCAAUUCCUAAUGUCUGGGGCCAACUUUGCCAACUUGAAAGAGUUUGGAGAGUGGUUUUCGAACCCGUUGGAAAAGGCAAUUGAAAUGGGAGGAACCUACGAUGACGAAACAAUGCAACGUGUCUCUAAGUUACACACCGUCUUGCGGCCUUACCUUCUCCGCAGACUCAAGCGAGAUGUCGAGAAAGAACUUCCCAGCAAAUUUGAUCAUCUUACCCUAUGUCCACUUUCCAAACGGCAGCGUUUCCUCUACGACGAAUUCAUGUCCCGAGCACAAACCAAAGAUGCAUUGGAGUCAGGGGUUUACCAGAAAAUUGCAAAUGUCUUGAUGCAACUACGAAAAGUAUGCAACCAUCCAGAUCUUUUUGAGGUUCGACCAAUUGUUACCUCUUUUGCUAUGACCCGAUCUGCCAUUGCCGAUUAUGAAAUCAAGGAGCUACUGGUGCGAAGAAGGUUGCUAAUGGAUGAGGAUGAGACUGUCGAUUUGAAUGUUGUGGGGCUUCGUUUUGUUGAUCACCAAAACGUGCCGCUUAUGACUUCCAUACCGACGCGAAAUUUGAACGCGACCAAAUUGUUUCCCUAUUACGCAGAAACAUUGGACGACCCUCCGCCCAAAGAUUUUCGUACCGUUGCUGGUUUCAAGAAAUAUUCGGCUUACGUCAAGAAAGCAAAUGAUAUCGCUCGCUGGAACCACUUAGGAUAUCUCAACAAUAUUCGUUGUUCAAGAAUGCCAUUCUACCCUGAAGAAAUGAUAUCUGUUGUCGAACGGAUGACAAAACCGAUUGUUCCUUUGACCAACCUCAAUCCUUCCGCGACAUAUCUAGACAAUGUAGAUCGUGUUAACCAAGCUGUCAAAUCGUACGCAACCAGAGCGAAGGAAAUGGAAAACUUGAUUGAUAAUUUUGCCUUCGUUACCCCUGCUGUAGUCGCUCUGGAUUUGCCUCGUCUCGCUCUAUCUGGGUAUCAGGAUACGAUUCAGGCGCAACCUUUGGAUUUCGACAGUGUUCUGCACCGAGCCACCGUCAAAUUGCAGAUCGCAUUUCCAGAUCCAUCAUUGCUCCAGUACGACUGCGGCAAACUGCAGCGACUGGCUACAUUGCUGCGGGAAAAGAAAAGCGGAGGUCACCGGGUGUUAAUUUUUACGCAGAUGACUCGUAUUUUGGAUAUCUUGGAAAUCUUCCUCAACUUCCAUGGUUACCUCUACCUCCGACUCGACGGAGCUACCAAAAUUGAGGAUCGGCAAUACAUCACUGAGCGAUUCAAUGCUGAUCCAAGAAUAUUCUGCUUCAUUGCCUCAUCCAGAUCCGGUGGGGUGGGCAUCAAUUUGACAGGAGCCGAUACAGUCAUUUUCUACGAUAGCGACUUCAAUCCCCAGAUGGACAAACAAUGCGAGGACCGAGCACAUCGCAUUGGCCAAAUCCGUGAUGUCCACAUAUACCGUUUUAUAUCCCAACACACAGUAGAGGAAGCGAUGUUGCUGAAAGCCAAUCAAAAACGAUCACUGGACGACCUUGUCAUUCAAAAGGGCGAAUUCGACUGGCGCACGCUGUUCAAAGACGAAGGCGCGUUGACAAAGGCACUGGAGAACUUUGAGGACGCAGAAGAUAGGCGCGCUGCGAUGAUUGCCGCGCGUGAGGAGAUCUCCUUGGUGGGUGCUGAUGAGGACGACUUUGGCGAGAUGGCUGCAAACAACACACGGGCCAGAUCAACGCCCGCUGAUGAAGUCGAUAUGACACAGGACAAUUUGGGUGAUGAUGUUGAGAUGGAUGGUGGUGUUGGCCCUGCUGGCAAUGAAGAUCGAGAGUAUGGUGGCGGUUCUGUUGUUGAUUACAUGCUCGCGUUCAUCGAAGACGAUUGGGACUUUUUCGAGGAAUCGCGGUUAUAUUAUUAG